CGUGUAUUUUCAUGUAUUGUCAAUUAGAGAUUAGUUGAUAAAAACAUGGUAUAAAAUAUUGUUUCCGACGCUUUUAUACACUCAGUUUGUAAGUUUGUUUUUUUACAAAAUGGAGUUCAGUCGACCAUUGGUGAUUAUAUUUAUAAUUGUAUUGCUCUGUUGCGACCAUCAGACGUCCGGUAUAAAAAUAACGCUGGAAAGCUUUGAACAAACUCUAGGACAGGAUGUUUUGUGGUGUGAUAUACGCAUCAGAAAGUAUAACCGAACAUCAACAGUUGCAAACGGUACUAUUCACAUGUAUCGGGAGGGUACCAACGAGUAUCAGUAUCAGUUAGAUGUAUUCUACAGCCGGCUCGGUAAUCAACAGUUCAACCACAUGCCGAUGAAACUUCCAACCGCGGGAAUAUGUGACUUUAUAGAUUACAUAUACAAAAACUAUCCUGGGUAUAUGGGCUAUUUUGUGAAUGGGCCAGAAGAAGGUGAAUGUCCCAUAAAAGUACGAGACAUACACAUGUUUGAUACCGAAUUUCCUUCCGAAGCCAUACCGCCAUUAAUUGUAAGGAAUGGUUUGUACAAGGCAGUAAUAAGUUGUCAUCACGAUGGAAAGGAAAUUAUUAGCUAUUAUAUAAUUUUAAAAGCUUCUGACAAUUGAGCAAAGGGAGUCGUUAUAGUAUAACAACGGAGUCGGUAGUUGUUCACCCCUGACGUAACGUAACUGACAGUACGCAAGAGUGACGUUACCGAAGAGUGACGGACGGGCAUCGUGUAGGUACCAUUUCUGCACCAGAAGAGACUAGAGAAAUAAAGGUUAAGUGUUAAAAGUUGAAAAGGCGCGUCGAUUUUUUAGUUUAGUUUAGUUUAGUUUAACAGUAGUGGUUUCAAGAGUUGCAAUGUUGUUGUAGUUUGUAAAUUAUUAUGUUAAAAAAUAAAAACAAAAUGUUCCAAUUGUAAUGAUGUUGUUACGUGGAAAAGAUUAAGCAAAAAAUUGCUUGAUUGUUAUGGGAUGAUUUAUGCAUGAGACUUAAAACGAUUUCUGUGCCGAGUAAGUAAGUAGUAAGUAAUGUAAGUAUUUCAAUUUACACUGUAAACAUUCCGAGUAAGAAUUUUGUAAACAUCCGCUGUAAAAGCAUAUUGAGAAACACUUACAUAUGAUUGUGUUUAUUUAAUACUAAACUUAUUCUACAUCUAACCUAAACCUAAUCGUUUAAAGGACAGCACCCAUUUAAUGUGCCUGUAGAAACAUUCAUAAAUGCAAAGCUUUCCAAAAAAGGUAAUCAGAUCAAUAAACUACAAUAUCACAAUUGCGUCCUACUUGUAAUAUGUUUUU